AUGGAUUACUUCCGCUCCUACUAUCUUACAACAACGAUGGCCCGCUUGUCAUUGUGUACCGGUAAAUUAAAGGCAUCUAUCAUACAAGGGGCACUAGAGUAUCGUGUCAAGAAGCAAACUACAAAAACAAACACAACCUCACAAACCACCCAAAACACCAAAAACCCACCACAAAACCUCAACACAACCACCCAAACACACCCAACUACCACACCACAAAACACCACAACCCAAACCCACACAACAUCCAAACACCUACCCAACACUCCACAACACCAACCCACCUACACAUCACAACAAACCCCAACCACCUCACAACCAAACCCCGAACCCCAACACCAAAACCACAACACCUCGCAACACCCACCCACAACCCCCCACAACACCACAACACCCACCCAACCCCAACCCAACACCAACCCAACACCAACACCAACCCAACACCCAAAACCAACCAAACACCUCAACACCCACCCACAACACCCAAAAACACACCAACACCUACCACACAACACCGUACAACACCAACCACCACAAACAACCCACACACCCACCACAACACCUCACAACACCCACCCACAACACCCACAACACCCACCCACAACACCUCCAAACCCAACCCACACACAUUCCAACACCACCACACCAGCCCAACACCCCAACACACCACACCCCCAACACCCCCACCCCACCCAAACACCCACCCAACACAAACCCACAAACCCCAAACACCCAACCAAUCUCAACAACCACAAACCCAACAACACCCUAAAACAAACAAAAACAACCAAACACCUAAACCAACCAAACUUACAACACCUACACAACACCCACAAAACCAACCACACCAACAACACCACAAAACCAAACCCACCACACACUCAAACACCCACCCACAAAAAACACCAUCACACUCCGAACCACACACCCACAACCCAUCCCAACAUCCACAAACAACAUCUCCCAACACCCCACCCACAACACCAACCCGUAACACCUCUUAACACACCCGUAACACCUACAAAAACCAAUCCACAACACCUCACAACACCCACCCACAACACCUCCAAAAAACAAUCUACAACACCUCACAACACCUACCCACAACAGCGACAAACACCGACCAACAACACACGCACAACACCCCCACACAAACACCGCACAACACCACCCACAAACACAGCACAACAACCCAAACCCAUCAACACUGCCAACACCCAACCCACAAAAACCGCACAACACCAACCCGGGAAACAAACGCACAACACCCACCACACACGGCACAACACUCCAACCCACAAACACCCACAACACCCACCCCACAACAUCUCCCAACACCCACCCACAACACCUCCAAAAAACAAUCUACAACACCUCACAACACCUACCCACAACAUAUCACAACACCUACCAACAACACAUCACAACACCCACCCACAACACCUCACAACACCCACCCACAACACAUCACAACACCCACCCUCAACACCUCACAACACCCACCCACAACACCUCACAACACCUUCCCACAACACCUCACAACACCCACCCACAACACCUCAAAACACCCACCCGUAA